GAAAAUAGAUUGAAGUGUAAUUAGUAAACAGUAAGUGACAUGUGCUCCCACAAAAUGCAUUUGGCGGCUUUUAUUUUAACUCUUGCAGUCUCCGUUGGAGCUGCACCUAAAAAUCCACAGAGAAUUGUAGGCGGCUCGGUUACAACCAUCGGCCAAUAUCCUGAGAUGGCUUCUAUGUUGAUUAACUGGAGUGGAUCUAUUUUUAGUCAAGCUUGUGGAGGAUCUAUCAUAAAUGCUAGAUCUAUUUUAUCCGCUGCUCAUUGUUUCUUCGGUGAUGUAGCUUCAAGAUGGCGUGUUCGGGUUGGAUCUAUCCACGCAAACAGCGGAGGUGUAGUGCAUGAACUGAAUCUCAUAAUCUUACACGAAAACUAUAUUACAAGCACAUUGGAUAAUGAUAUAGCCAUACUUCGUACUUCUACAUAUAUAGUUUAUAAUAACAUCGUUCGACCCGCUGUUAUAGCUGGCACAGCGUACAAUCUUUAUGAUAACUCAGUUGUAUGGGCUGUAGGAUGGGGGAGUACAUCAGUUGGCGGAACAUUAUCUGAGGAGCUACGUCACGUUCAAAUCUGGAGUAUAAAUCAAGCUACAUGUAGAAACAUCUACUCCGAGAUUGGUCUUACUGUAACAGAUAAUAUGUUAUGCUCUGGAUGGCUGGACGUGGGUGGUCGCGACCAAUGCCAGGGUGAUUCUGGUGGUCCCCUCUUUCACGAUAGAGUAGUCGUCGGUAUUUGUUCCUUGGGCCAUCAGUGCGCUCUGGCCCGCUAUCCUGGUGUAAAUACACGUGUUUCUCGCUACACACGCUGGAUUCAAGCUAAUGCUUUAUUCAAAAUGCGUAUAAUAUUAGUACUAUAUCUCAUAGGUGUCGCUGCUGUCGUCGCUGUCCCAAGGAACCCGCAAAGAAUUGUGGGUGGCGCGGUUACUGAUAUCUCCCGGUACCCCGAAAUAACUUCCCUUCUAUAUUCAUGGAACGGUGUUAUAUUUAGCCAAGCGUGUGGCGGGACCAUCCUUAACCAAAGAUCCAUCUUGUCCGCCGCUCAUUGUUUUGUUGGUGAUUUAGUCUCUAGAUGGCGUAUUCGUGUUGGAUCGUCUUACGCUAACAGCGGUGGUAUUAUACAUGGCGUCAGUAACAUCGUUCUGCACCAAAAGUAUAACAUAGUUACUCAGGACAAUGACAUUGCCAUUCUUCAUACUGUUUACAAUAUUGUGUAUAAUAAUUUUGUCAAGGCUGCCAGUAUUCUAGGCCCUAAUUUCAAUCUUGGUUACAACGAAGAAGUUUGGGCUGCUGGAUGGGGCGCCGUAGCGUAUAAUGGACCUCCGUCGGAACAGCUUCGCCAUGUUCUAGUGUGGACUGUAAAUCAUACAGAAUGCGCUGAUCGCUACAGAGAAGUUAAAUUAGACGUAACUCCCAACAUGUUGUGCUCCGGCUGGUUGGAUGUUGGCGGUCGUGAUCAAUGCCAGGGUGACUCCGGUGGUCCCCUGUACUACAACGGAGUCGUGGUCGGUAUUGCCUCCUGGGGCUUAGAUUGUGGCAAUCCAUAUUUCCCUGGUGUUAACACACGCGUUUCCAAUUAUUUUUAUUGGAUUUCAAUUAAUAUCAUAUGAUUAUAUUAUUUAAUAUUUGGUAUAUAAAUAAAAUAAUAUUUAUAUAUUA